UUUAUACCCAGAGAAUAUUGCUUAAUAAGUAUUAAUCUGAAGAAAUACAUUGCACGGUAAAGCUUUUGACAGACUACCAACCUUCUGAAUGCCCAGAGAACAUUUAAUUUUUGUCUGAUCACAAGCACCUAAUGUCACUGCACAUGCUACAAUGGAAACUCUAAGACAAAUACAAAGCUUUGGCAUCUGUGUUACCCGUACGUAUCCCGUAGCAUUGGGUGUGGUGUUCACUGCUCUUCUAGUUUCUUGCUGCUCAUCUCUGACCAUAAGAGCUCGUCCACUUGUUCCUAAUUCACCUUUUCUUUCUAUCUGGAAUGCUCCUACAGAACUUUGUACUGAAAGGACAGGAGUGCAGCUGGACAUGAAUUUUUUUCCUUUCAUUGGAAGCACGCUGAAGACAUCCAUCGGGCAAAAUAUCACACUUUUCUAUCCAGACAGGCUUGGCUACUACCCUUACAAAAAUGAAGUCACGGGAGAGGCAUUCAAUGGAGGACUCCCUCAACUCUCGCCGCUGGAGAAUCAUUUAAAAAAAGCCAAAGAGGACAUCCAGUUCUACAUUCCUUCGGAUGAACAGCUUGGAUUGGCUGUCAUUGACUGGGAAAACUGGAGACCUGUGUGGAUAAGGAACUGGGGAUCAAAAGACAUUUAUAGACAGGAAUCCAUUGAACUGGUUCAGCAGAGAGACCUCAGUCUAUCUGAAGCUGAUGCCAGAACUAUAGCUAAAAUGGAAUUUGAAGCUGCAGCAAAAUCAUUCAUGUUGGAAACUUUGAAGCUGGGCAUAGAAAUGAAGCCAAAUCGUCUGUGGGGAUAUUACCUUUAUCCAGACUGUUAUAACUACGAUUACAAACAAAACCCACAUAAUUAUACAGGAACCUGUUUAGAUAUUGAAAUAGAAAGAAAUAAUGAGCUUAAUUGGUUAUGGAAGGAAAGCACAGCACUUUAUCCAUCUGUCUAUCUAGAGACAGCUUUAAGAUCCUCCAGAAAUGCCCAGCUCUUUGUUCGCAACAGAGUUCAAGAAGCCAUUAGAACUUCCUAUGUCUCUAAUUCUACUCAUCCUCUUCCAGUUUUUGUAUAUACACGUCCAGUAUUCACAGAUGUCUAUGAGGAAUAUCUCUCUGAGGAUGACCUGGUAAAUACCAUUGGAGAAUCUGCUGCACUGGGUGCUUCUGGAAUUGUGAUGUGGGGUGAUAUGAAUUUAACACAAAAUAAGAAUACCUGUAGAAUUCUGGACAACUACCUCAGAAGGACUUUGACCCCAUACCUCAUCAACGUCACAAUGGCAGCCAGAAUCUGUAGCCAAGUGUUAUGCCAGGACUCUGGUGCUUGUGCACGGAAAAAAUGGAAUUCCAAUGACUAUCUUCACUUGAACUCUGAGAAUAUUGUAAUCCAAAUGACAAAGGAUGGGAAAUACACUCUACGAGGGCAACCAUCAUUUCAGGAUCUGCAAACAUUGAUAGAAAAAUUUGAUUGCCACUGUUAUGCAGGGCAAAGCUGUGAACCUAGAGCUGAUAUAAAUGACAUCCAUUACCUCCAUGCUUGCAUUUCAGAAGAUAUUUGCAUUCAGAUAUCCUCAAAUUCCUUUUCUAACAUAGAGGCCUCUGAAGAAAAGAUCCUGUCUAACAUAACUGCAUUUUCAUUUCCCUCUGAGAGUAAGGUGACAUUAUCUACACAUCCUGAAAUAGAAGAUUUCCAAUCUACCAUUGGAAAUAAUACACUUAAUAUAACAACUGCAAAAUAUAACACUGUCACAGCUGCCAGUAGAUACGAUUUAGAAGCAAAUGAUACUCGCACUUUCAGUAGCUCUUCGUCCUAUAAGAUAAAAAUGUUUAAUUUGGUUUGCUUAAUUGUACUUUUGAGAACCUUAAUACUAAUGACCCAUGAAAGUGAGAAUAUUCUUCUCCCUGGCUAUGUUUGAAAUUCUAAAGGUUUUAUUUACAAAACAAACAAACAAACAAUUCCCUAAAGGUUUAUGGUCUUAUCUGUAUCAGGUAAUAUUUCGUAAUUCAUAGAUGACACUUCAGCUUGAAUGUAUUUCAGUUUAGUUUAGUUCUAUAAACUACUAUUUGGCCAAAGAUAUACUGGUCUGUAUAUAUUGACUAUACUAUAUGAGAGUAUAAUCCAGAAUAUGAAACAUUUUUCACAGUUUACAUUUUUAACUGUUAUAUUAAGAAAAUAU